CAGCGAGCUCGGUUAAUUCUCUGUCUCUCUGUCUCUCCCUCCUUUUCUUCUUGGAAUUUGAAAGAAAAGAAAUGCCGGUUAAUUCUCUUCUCCAAAGGAGGCGCCAGAGCACUAGCUGAUGGCUGUUGGUCUGGUCUGGACGUCUGGUCCACACUACAGCACUGAGCAGCAGUGAGCACCACCCACCCGCUCUUCUCUGUCUUGCUCCUAUAGUCCUAUCCAUCCACCUCCAUCCCUUUCCCCUGCAAAUCUGCAAUGCCGGCCGAUCUACUGAACAAUCCCUUUUGGACUUGAUUUUCAUGCAUUGCAAAUUUGCAAUCUUGCAACUGCUGCUGCUGCUGCCGGUGCUCAAGCUCAAGGUGGCUCAAAUGCCGCUGCUGAUUUCCCUCUUCCUCCUCCCGCUGCUGCUAGCUCCACCUCCCUCCGCCGCCUCUUCUUCUUCCUUCUCCCUCGACUUCUUCCCCGCCGCCGGCGCCGCCGCCCAGCUCGCCCUCUCCGGUGGAGCCAAUGCCACCGCCGCCGCCGUCUCCAUGCCCUCCCCGGGUGCCCGUGUCCAGUACAGGACCCCAAUCGUCUUCUCCUCCGCCCCCGGGCUAACCUUCUCCACAUACUUCGCCUUCGCCCUCCCCGCUACCGCUUCCUCCCUAGCCUUCUUCCUCACGCCCUCCGCCGCCACCCACGAGCCCCCGGCCCUCGCCGUCGUCUUCUCCGAGCACCGCAUCCGCGUCGACCUCGCCGGCCGCGCCGCCCGCCAGGCCAACUAUUCCCCCACUGCCACUGCCACCGCCACCCGCCACGCCUGGAUAGACUACAACGCCACCUCCGCCACGCUCCACGUCCGCCUCUCCGCCGCGACCACCAUCCACAACCACCCGACCCCGCCGCUGCUCUCCUGCCCGCUCGAUCUGUCCCCCGUCCUCCUCAGGGGGCCCGUCCUCGCCGGCUUCCGGACACCCUCCGGCAACUGCACCCUCUUCAGCUGGGCCUUCCACGCCGCUCCCUACCGGAUGCACUCCCAGCCGCUCAACCCCGCCAGCCUGCUCGCCACGCCGCCGCCCGACCGCGCCGACCGUCAUUACAGCCCCUGGGGGGCCGCCGUGUCCCUGCUCUUCGCGGCCGCGUGCGGCGCCAUGGUCACCUUCUUCGUGCUCUACCUCUGGUAUGCCGUGACGGCGCGCCGACCCGUCGCGCCGGUGGAGUACCCCAUGCACCCCUCCGACGUUGCCUACCAGAAGAUUGUGCUCGUCGGGGUCAAGGACGACUCUGCCACCACCGACGACGACGGCCACCCGCCUCCUGCCUCGGCUAACAAGUAACAAGUAGAUGAUGAUGAUGCUCCUUCUCGGCUCGUCCUCGUCCCCAAAAAAAAAGAAGAAGAGGAAAACUGUUUAGGACGGAGUUGCUGCCUAAAGUUGUAUAUGUUGGAGGAAAACUUUUUAUCUGCAUGUCUAUCAGUCUAUGUACCGUGUACGCAUCCAUGAUCCAUCUAUCCAUAUAUUCAUUUACUUAUUAUCACAA